AUGAAGCUGAAAGAGUUAGAAGGUCACCUAGGUUCUCUUGAUCAAUUUCCUAACCCUAAGAUUGAGCUUGAGCAAUACCCAACAGGACCACACAUCGCUUCUCGUAUGCUUUUUCUUGCAGAGAAUUCUUAUGAUGAUGUGAGCAACAAAGUAGUAGCUGACUUUGGAUGUGGUUGUGGUACUUUAGGCAUUGCAGCUGCCCUUUUGAGCGCGGAACAUGUUCUCAGCAUUGACAUAGAUCCAGAAUCUCUUGAAAUAGCAUCUCUUAAUGCUGAGGAACUUGAGCUGGACAUGGAUUUUAUUCAAUCUAAUAUCAUGGACUUGAGAUGGAGAGGUCCAAUUGUCGAUACAGUUAUAAUGAAUCCUCCAUUUGGAACUCGGAAAAAGGGUGCAGAUUUAGAGUUUCUUUCUGCUGCUAUGAAGGUUGCUUCUCAAGCUGUUUAUUCUUUGCAUAAAACUUCAACAAGAGAUCAUGUGAAACGUGCAGCUUUAAGGGAUUUCAAUGCUAGAAGUGCUGAAGUUCUCUGUGAGCUUCGGUAUGAUGUGCCGAAAUUGUACAAAUUUCAUAAGAAGAAAGAGGUGGAUAUUGCUGUUGAUCUAUGGCGUUUUGAACCUGCAAGUCAUCAGAGCUGA